AUGCGUCAACGAAUUACCUUCAUUCACAAGCCCAGCGAUGGCGUGCCGCCAGAGUCUCUCGAGGUCAGCAAUGCCGGUGUCAAGGGCCCUGAGAUCUUGUCCGUCCGGGAAGACAGAGUCACACUGGCUUUGGAGGAGCUUCCGUCUGAGCUUUCCCAGCUUCUGAGUGAGAGCCACGAGCUGCAUAUCAGAUGGGUCAGUCCUUUGGUCUAUGACACCAUCGGACCCUUAGCUUCGAGGGUGUCGCCUGGCUUUCACCUCUUUUACACGCCGAAGAGGGAAGGGGAAGGGGAAUGGGACGGGACAAAACUAUGUGAAGCUCUCAAGAACGCCUUUGGUGGCAGCGGCUGCUCAUCGUCCGAGUCAUUCACAAGUCUUCCAAAUGACCGAUUCUCUCAUUCCGCCGCCCUCCAAUACUACCAACCGCUAGAGGACCUUACCGCAUUCACACAGUACGCAGCCGAACAGCUCUGCCCGGCAUCAGACACCGCCUGCAAGUCCCGCGCCGAAGAACUCAAGACAGCAGCGUCUUUCGACAUAUCCUACGACACAAUCUCACACGCUCUCAAACUCACGGCCCAAUGGCCCUACGGCAAGCAUCGCGUCUCCGUCGCCUCGACGCCCAACCACCGCACCGAAGUCGGUAUCCUCACUACCGACGACUCCUCGAAGCCUGAGCCCCACGAGAUUGGCAUGGCCGGCGGCCUCACAGUGCUCGGCGAGCACAAGAAGCCGUCCCCCGUCCUCUUCAAUGUGCCCGCCCGCCACCGCCUGCAUGGGGGCGCCUCCUCCUCCCCAAGCUCCUUCUCCGCAAAGUUCCUUGAGCCGACGGGCCUGCACCCGACGCUGCAGCUCGCACUCACCUCGGCCAAGCCCCCGGUGGAUGACGCAUACUGCGCCGUCCAUGCGCAUCUGACGCUACCAAAGACCGUCUUCGCCGACCGCUACCAGCUCGCCGAUGACCUCUUCCUACAGUCCAAGAACCUCACAGCCCUGCGCUACUCCACCUCACCCGUCGACCUCGAGGCACCUGCUUACGCCACGAAACCAUGGGGCUCCGGCGUCCUGCUCGAGCUCAAGCCGCCAGCAACGGAGAAGGACGAGGAAUGGACAGCGGAGGUGCCGCUGCACCUGCGGUACCUCGAACCGGCCGCCGGCGGUUAUACGGACGUGGAGGUACCCUACCCAGCCGUGUUCUGGGCGUGCUCCUCCGAAGAGGGCACAAAGUUCCCGAGCAGCCCCUUUGAGAGGGUGAACUUGGGCUACGACGCGUUGUUCGGACCGCGUACAGUCUUUUGGCACGUCGAUCCGCGACCUGUUGCAGGGUCGGAGGCCGAGGGCGGCUGUCGGCUGUCGAGCAUCGUGCGGGUGCCGGUCCUUGAAGCCGAGCAGGCCGAGUGGGUUCGGGUCGGGACGGCGGCCGCGGUGGUGGUGGGAUUCGCGUGGGUUCUGUGGAGGCUCAUCGCUACCUAUUCGAAGUCGGGGUACCGCAAGAGUGGCGAGGUUGAUGAGAAAAAGAAGCAGUAG